GGCGACUCCGCUUGUACUGCUAUCCCGGCCCCUUCCACCGUCAGCGGUCUCAUUUCCGAAAGGGGCAGUAGAACUAGACAUGGCAGACAAUUUGGCUCGCAAUCGGGAGGGUCGGUCUUCAUGGACGGCUGGAAAAGUCUCUCGCAAGCCAAAGCUCGCAACGACGACGGCUUCUGUAGGCACGUUAUGGUCAUGCAGUCUCCCUGCCGUGCCCACGGAGCCGCCAUCUCCGCUGCCGGACCUCGUGAGACGUCCACGUGCUCUUGCCCCUUCUCUGUCGCUUCCAGUCCAGGACUUGCGGCGUGGCGCCGCGUCGUCUACAGGGGACGAGAACAGGAGAGCGAGAAAGCGAUCCCGAACCACGCGGGGAGGACUGCAAGAGGAGGGGCGGCAGCCAAGAGGGCUGAUCUCGACUGCGUUGGUGGAGAACGGGAUGGGCCGCGAUCACGAGGGGCGAGUGCCAGCGAAGCUGCCACGAGUGCGCCCUGCGAAACGCUCGGCGCGAAAGGGAGGAAGGGAGGGGAUGAAGGCCGUUCCACGCAGCUUGUCGUGCGGCAGAAAGGAAAUGAGAGCGAGAAGGAAAGCGGUCAUCCGCUGCAGCAGCAGCAGCAGCAACAGCAGCAAGAGCAGCAAUCUCAGCUCCAGGGGAAGAAGAGGUCGACGUCAAAUGUUGACGUCGUCAUCCUGCAGCGAGCGGAGGAGUAUGAUCAGUCCGAGGGUAGUGAUAGGCAAAGCAGGAGCAGCGGGAGGAGGAGAAGGGGGAGCAGACGAGUCCUCGGCGCGGUUGCGGCUUGGCGCCGGCCGUGGUGGCGACGUCGCAUUGAACAGGAAACGAGGGAGCGUGAGCGCGAUACCGGGAACAGCCUGUAGUACUUACGUGACUUCUCCUCAGCACGAUGAUCAUCAGACCUCAUCAUCGUCCGCGAGGAAUCCUCCGGCUGCGCCUCCUCUUGUGACUCCUUCGAUAGACUGUCGCUCAGCCGUUUCGGAGGAUACCCUCUUCCCGUCAACAGUUCGUUGCGCUGCUACUUCUGCUGGGGAUCACAGCAGCUUGCGCUUUUUCCAUGAGGGAGUAGACUUGCCGUCUCCAUCCGAUCUCGCUCUCCCUCUUCCAGCGGGUCAUGCAAGCUCUGGCGAUGCCGGCUAUGGCGAUCCUAUGGUUUUGGAGGCGGGAGAAAGCGCUACCUCUGCACCUUUUUCUAGGCUGCAGGGCGAAUCGUGCUCCACUCUACAGUCACUGCUGACGUCGGAGAGCGCAGGGGAACAUGGGGAUGCAACCAGUAGUUGCACGGAGGCCGACGCUAAGCGUAGCAGUAUUGGGGGGCAGGACGCAAGAAGCGGAGGCGAUGCGCCUGGUCAAUGGCGCAAACGGCGGAGGCAAGCGCAUCGGAAGCAAAAGCAGAAGAAGCUACGCGUUGACGAAAGCUCUCGCGCUGGAAAACACGAUAAUAGAGACAGCGCGGGGGGCCGCAAGGGUCGAUUACCCGGCUGCGGGCGUGUGCACGUCUGUCGACCGCUGGCCGCCGCUGUGGAGGCUUCACUGCCGCUCAUUCCGCGCCGGCGACCUCAGGACACUCCGCGCGCAGUUCUCACGGAAGGCGACUCGAAGUUUCCCUCCCAUAUUUGUCGCGUAACGUCUUUUCCACGCCUUCAUCGACACCGUCUUGGUCCCUCCGCUCUCUUUUGGCGUUCUUUGACAGCGCAAGGGCGCGACUUCGACCUCUCGCGGUUGUUUCCUGUUCCUCGCAAAUGGAUGGGGCAUGUUGACGAUUCUACGCUCGUGAGACGUUUCGAUAGUGCUGAGCGUUCGUCCAGAACUGACGAAUCUUGCAGCGGCAUUGUCAGUGCCGAUCGAAACGAAAAUGAGGAGGUGCUGGGAAGUGUACGUGAAGGAAGCCAUCCGACGGCACGAUCACGACCAUCGCAGUCACCUCUGGUGCUGCCAACCUGUCCUGUGCCUUCGCCGGCAUUCUCAUCGCUGUCAGCCUGUUCGGAUAAAGUGAGCGAUAACAGGAACGAGUUGGAUAAUAGAGAUGGGGGUGCAGCGAAAGACCAUGACGAGCCGCGUGCUUCCCCUCCUCGCUCUGCCCCCCCACCUCCUCCAGAGCAUCAUCAUGUUUGUCAUCCACGUGGAGCCGCUCCUGGCCCUGGCGUGCAACGGCAUUACCUGGGGAUGUUGCCGAACGUGGCGCCUGAUCAGUCAAGUACGCUGGCAGGACCGGAAUCGAUGUCGUCGGAGGGCCAGUCUAGCAACUUGGGAACAAACGACGGUUCGCUGGCCUCAAGGAGGAAGGGAAAGGAACCUGAAGCAGUGUCUAGGAGAGGGAGAGAAGGCGGUGGUGCUGAUGAUGGUGGCGAUCCCCGUGAGUUCCACGGAGAUCACCGACUGCGGCCCGCAAUGAUUGGAGGAUAUGAACCGCGAGAAGAAUGCGCAACAGAGGGAGAGAGGGGAGGAGGAGGAGGAGGAGGAGGAGGAGGAGGAGGAGGAGGAGGAGGAGGAGGUGAACCUCCAUCUUCAUCCUUAUCUAGAGCUAUGAACGGUGGAGCAGUUCUCGUGGAAAAGCUUCCUCUUUUAGAGCGAGAGUCUCCUGGUCGCGAUUUCAAGGCAAGGUGUUCCAGAAAAUGUUCUCGCAGGGGCUCGCCCACUGGUAAAGGAGGGAACAUCACUCCCGUCAUCGCUCGCGCCAAAACGGCUACCGCUCUCACAGUGCGGAGGGUAUUCAUUGGUAAUUUCCGGCCAUUGGUGCCGUUGAACAAGAUCAAGCUCAGUUCAGCAGCCGCUCGCAUCGCAAAGGAGCCAAACGCAGGGGGAGCCUCGACAAUCUCGGAGGCAUUAUCUGUCGAUUACUUCGUGAAAAAGUUCCAUGCAACUAGUGUGGUUAGUGAGAUGGAGAUUCAAUAUUGUUGCAGGGACUGGAAAAAGGUGGAUUACAUAUGUGAUCUGUAUGGCCGACGGGUUGGAGUUUCUGUCACAAGGGCCAUGUGUCGCAAUCGGGAAUUCUCUGUUCGUGAUGCAGAAAACCUCUUGCGCAAGAAGCUCAGUGGCUUGGUGCCAAGCAGCAUGAGUGAAGACCAAAACGAAGUAAGACAAUCAGAACGAGCUUGCAGCUUAUCUGCGAACAGGACAGCGUCAAUUGCGGUGUGAUGGAUCAUGACAAAAAGAGAGUGAACAAGGAAUAUCAGGGCUAUAGAGGUGAUGUCGUUGAUAGAUGGCGAAGGCAAAAAAGCUCAGCGAAGAGGAUUAACAUGGCCACUACUGACUCCUAAGGCAAACCUGGCAAGCAAUGCAACAGUUGGAAGAUUGGCACCAAUCAGUAUGCUCCACACAUUGCUCUUCUGCUCAAGACAGAAGUUUGUGCGGUGGUGGCCAGACAAGGAGUGAAGAGUCAGCACAGGUUCUUUGCAUCAGUGUUGCAUAUUUGGUGUCCGCUGAGAAGGAUUGCUGAAAUCAUGCAGUCUGUUUAUAAAGGUGUUGUAGAUGAGUUAGAUGUGGCGGACGACGUUAUUAUGGUGAUAACAGUCGCAGAGGGAAAACGAUCACUGCCAAUCUUCAAUGAGCAGGCCAUGGGUGAGAACGGGAAAGCAAGUCUUUUCUUCAAGAGUUACGCCUCCAAAUGCUCAGGUGCCUCUUCUUCCUCCACAGAGCAUACCUGAGAAAAGCAUGAUUUCGUCACCAGAACCUGCCAACAUGGACUCGUCGGAAACCUGGUAAAUAAGCAGCCCUCGCUGAUGCUCUCAGGAGUCAAGCUAUUGCCCCUUUUCAGAGACUUCUUAUCCUCCUGGGUGGAAAACCCGGUUAUUUUCUUUGGUUGAUUGAUUGAUCGAUUGGUUGAUUGAUUGAUUAGCUCGUUUGGUGGGUUGGACGGUUGACGCACUUGACGAGCUAUCAAAUUUUUUGACAGCUUGUCAUACAAAAAAGUCACAUUUGGGAAGCACUGUUUUUUUUUUUUUUUUUUCAGCUCCAGAUUGUGGCAGAGGCUGGAUGCUAGGCCUCGGGAGGUGGCUGUCGUUGUGCUCAACGAGCGGGGAGAUCAGACGGUUUGUGACAGCUUGUUGGGGCCAUUUCUCGAUUUAGGUGUGUCAUCCUUGUGCAGGGGCCAUGCUAAUCUUCCCUGUAUCGUUGAAAUUUGAACAGAUGUCCGAAUGAAGGCAUUGGUUUGCUAAAUCAACAUCAUACAACAAG